CUCUCUAAACCUUGUCUCACAAGUAAAACCUACCCAAUCAAUCAUCAUCGAGCAAUAAUGGCGGCUGAAUUGAGUACGUUUUCUUCUUCCCUGAAACUCUGCAUCCAACAAAAUCAAUCAACAAUGCCCCAAAGAAAAACGAAGAUUGUUUGCACCCUGGGUCCGGCGUCAAGGUCGGUGGACAUGAUUUCCGAGUUGCUUAAGGCUGGCAUGAACGUUGCCCGUUUCAACUUCUCUCAUGGCUCUCACGCUUAUCAUCAAGAAACCCUGGAUAAUCUUCGAAUCGCUUCGAAGAUUACCGGGAUUCCUUGUGCUGUUAUGCUUGAUACCAAGGGUCCAGAAAUCAGGACUGGCUUGUUGAAGGAUGAGGGGAAACCAAUUGAACUUGAACAGGGUCAGGAAAUCACAAUUUCAACGGAUUACUCCAUAAAGGGAGAUAAGAAUAUGAUUUCGAUGAGUUACAAGAAGCUGGCGGAGGACUUGGUUCCGGGAAGUGAGAUCCUCUGUUCUGAUGGCACAAUCACGUUCACUGUCCUGAGUUGUGAUAAGAAGAAAGGAUUGGUUCGUUGUCGGUGCGAGAAUUCGGCUGUUUUAGGGGAGAAGAAGAACGUUAAUCUCCCCGGAGUUGUUGUUGAUCUUCCAACCUUAACUGACAAAGACAAAGAGGAUAUCUUGCACUGGGGAGUUCCCAACCAGAUUGACAUAAUUGCUCUGUCUUUUGUCCGAAAGGGAUCCGAUCUCGUUCAGGUUCGGGAGCUUCUCGGAGAUCAUGCCAAAUCCAUUAUGCUAAUGUCAAAAGUGGAGAAUCAAGAAGGAGUUUCUAAUUUUGAUGACAUCUUGAAGGAGACUGAUGCUUUUAUGGUUGCCAGGGGAGAUUUGGGAAUGGAGAUUCCUAUUGAAAAGAUUUUCCUGGCUCAGAAGAUGAUGAUUCACAAGUGCAACAUUGCGGGGAAACCGGUCGUCACCGCAACCCAGAUGCUGGAAUCCAUGAUCAAAUCUCCACGGCCGACUCGCGCCGAAGCCACGGACGUGGCCAACGCGGUGAUUGAUGGCACGGAUUGCGUGAUGCUUAGCGGCGAGACGGCCGCCGGGGCCUACCCUGAGAUUGCGGUUCAGACAAUGGCUAGGAUCUGUGUUGAAGCAGAGAAUGCCCUCAAUUACGAUCGAGUUUUCAAAAGGGCUGUCAAAAAUGCGCCUGAGCCGACGGGCGUUCUCGAGAGCUUGGCCCGCGCCGCGGUGCAGGCAGCGAGCUCUUCGAAGGCAUCUGUUAUCAUAGUCCUUUCCAGGGAUGGAACAGCUUCUAAGCUCGUCUCCAAAUACAGGCCGAGGGUGCCGAUUUUGUCAGUCGCGCCGGUUAAACAUGGCUUGGUGUACCGUGGAAUUGUACCUGGGUUGUACAACUCCACGGAAGAAGAGUACGAUUUUGCCAUAAGAAGUGCCAGAGACAAGCAGCUAUGCAAAGGAGGAGAUAUAGUUGUGGUGCUUAGCGACAUUGGAAGCCCUUUUAUCGACAGCAUGACUGUCAAUUCAGCUUGA